AUGGCAACGAGGCAGAUGUUGGGUCCCCUCCUGCGUCAGGUCUUGGGCCACUACCUAGAGGUUGUGGAGCACGAGCUUGACAUUUCCGGACAGCUGUCCUUGACUGCGGUGAAGCUGCGUAAACAACGAGCAGGGCCAGCUUCAGUUUCCGGAGAUGUCGGCUGCAUCUCGGCACGAUGGUCCUGGUCCGAGCUCUUGAGGCAGCCGGUGGUUCUCAAUGUCACUGACGUCAACAUUCAGAUAUGUCUGACAGAGUCGGAAGAAUCCGAAAAUCCAAGUCACGCUCCACUUUCGUCGGAACCUGGAUUCUUCGGCAGGCUGAAGCGGCGGCUCGUGGAUCAGCUGGACCUCACCAUCACGAGCUGCCACAUAGACCUCACAGGGCUCGAAGCAGUGGCUGGUGCUUCGUUUAAGCGCUUGUCGGUUGCUGCUGUCAAAGCCGGUGAGCAAGCCGUGCAGCUCGAAGAGCUCGAGCUACGUCUCGGACCAGCCGAGACUCCAGACUCGGACGCCGCAGACUCCCACGGCACAUGCUUGCCUCCGCCUGCGCCUGUCUUUCUGCGGGCCUCGCCGCGUGGGCGUGCGCUGCGUUUCGCAGGACAGCGCUUUGUAGACCUGCGUGGCCUGGAUUUGCAGAUUGACCUUGAGGCAGUUCAUGUUCACUGGACGCGUGCGCAGCUCGCGUGCCUGUCCUCUUUGCUCCGCAACUUUCAGGACCUGAGAGAUUUCAAAGACUGUGAUUCCGAUGAGUUUGUCGAUGUCGUCGACUGCAUGGAGAGACCGCGGCCACGGCAAUCCUGGUCUGCUUGGCUGAGGUCUUGGAGCCAGGAAGGACGUGAAGAAGAGACCUGGGAGCUUCCGAUGGAAGUGCAGAAGUCCAUGGAAGAAUCUCCCGUGGGCGACGCAGACUUUACUUUUGCAUUGAACAUCCCGUCUGUCGUCAUAGCGUUUGAGGAUUCUCUGGAAGUCGAUCUCAGCGGCCACGUGAGUUUCCAUCUUCAUGAGCACGACUUUUGGAACAUCGACAUGCAUCUGACUCGCUUUGCCCUGUUGGAGUCUGCAGGGGCAGAGCGAAAAGUUCGAAUUGGUGGGAUGGCGGGCUCGAGUGAUUUUGCUAUUAAAGCCGAAUCGUGCGAGAAGAUCCUGUCAGUGCAGAGUCCUUUACUGGAUCUUCGAGUCACGCCUUCGCUGUUGCGCUUUGGCCUCUGGGCGCAAGCCCUCUUGAGCGAGCCUUACGAACCUUCCACCUCCGACAUCGACUGGAGGGUUUCCCUGCACAUGCCGCUGUCCAUUGAAAUUGGGGAGCCUUGGCAUUCGCGUGUGCUUCUCCUAGAAGCCUUAUUCGUGUGUGAUAUAGGUGGUGACUGCUCCAUGCGAUCAAAUCUGCUGCUAGAUGGGGAUGACGUGAUUGAUGAGUUCGAGUUGCGCCUUCGAAGAUCUGACAAACUGUUGGCCACAACAGAUCUCAUAUGCGGUCACUGUGACAUCCGAGAUCUUGUAAGCAUCACGCGGCUUGUCAAGACUAUCUACAACUGUACAGGUUCUCCACAGUCGCAGAUGGGGCCGCCCAGUGAGAUCGAGCUGCAAGUUCGAACCAUCAAACUAAGCUUGUCUGACGAGGACAUAGAUCUUGACUGCGAAUUUCUUUGCGACGGUGUGGUGAUAGGCUUCAUGCAGCAAAGUGCUGUCGGGAUCCGAGCGGAUCAAGUUUGCAUGCGUGUAGCAGCUGCCAAGAAGGAGCGUGGCAGCCUGACAGUAGUCGGACCGGUGGUCAGCGCGAGUUUUCUCGAGGUCUUCGAAGCUCAGAUAGACUGUGAGCUGUACUGUCGUGAUCCUGAGUCUGACGAAGGAGCUGUUUGCUGUCCGUCGUUGAAGUGCAUCUUUCGCGAGUACAUGCAGUGUGAACACAGGGCAGUCAGCCUGGACUGCCGUCUGGAGUUGAUAAGCUUGAACACCACGGAAGCCUUUCUUCAAAGUUGUCGACUGGCAAUGGAAUAUGCAUGCGACCAUGCCCAAGCUGCAUUCUUUAUCGAGCCUGUCUUCCUGGAAGAAAGGCCCUUUGGACUGUCGAUCGAGGCCACAGAGACCGUUGCAACGUCGGAGGGUCCAGUGAGGUGGAUUGCAGGGAGCAUUGUUCGUGGGAUGGAGCCACCGGUGACUGCUCUCCUUCAAGACCUGCAGAACCGUCCACUGCCUGUGGUUGUGCUUUUUGAAAGACCUGCUCAGAUCUGUCGCUUCACGGUUCACGUGCAUCCUUUCGUGUUAAAUGCCGCAGACUUUUCGGUGCAACGCGGAGUUCGGGCGAGACUGGAAAAAGCAGACAUUCACUUCAAAGAUUUUCAGCAGAGCACAGAAGCAUCUUGGACUGGGCUCACGCAGAAGCUGGCCAAUCAUUACCUGACCCAAGCCGCGGCUGCUUUGCCGAAGCUGUUCAGCAACGCGUCCAUUGCAGGGCUGAGCCUCUUCGACGGGACAAUCUCCUGCGCUGGCACUUCGCUAGCAUUCCUGCGUUUUGGUGGCGCGGCGGUUCCUCAAGGAGCACUGGCCGGCACUUUGGCAAAGGCAGUCGCUUCUGCAACCAGCUCGUCUCUGGAGAAGGGCCGCAAGCUGCGGGGCAGUGAGAAGUACCAGUUUGGUGAUCUUACACGCGGCUUGGUCUCGCUGUCCUGGGAGCGUGGAGUGCGGGGCACGGUUUCAACAGCUGCAGAACAUGCUUACGAAACAAGAGCAGCCUCGUCCACAGUCGGGGCUUCUGUAGGCGGGGUGCUACUUGCACCCCUCGGCCCGGCAGGCGUUACCGCUGGAAUGAUGGGUGGGGCAGCUGCCGGGCGCAGAGUCUCUGAGAGCGCCGGUCGCCGUGCCUCUGCUUUUCAACAGUCGAUCUCUCAGACCCUUGUCGAAGGAAGAGAGGUGCGCGAGGCCCGCGAGGCCACCAGGACAGAAAGCCACGAGGAAUGCCAAAGCAGUGAAGGCGGCUAUCGAUUUGGUGACUUCACCCGUGGCCUGGUGCGAGCAGGCCGUGAGGCAAGGGGGGGAGAAAGUUACAAGCUAGGGGAUCUUACCAGGGGCGCUUGGUCCAAGAUGAAGCGCUAG